AUGUGAUAUUAACAAAGGAAAUGAUAUUCUUCAAGGCAAGAACUCUGUUUUCGGAACAUUACCUUGAUUGCUGCAAUGAAAUAAUUGGACCAUGUGUGAGCUUUCAGGAAUUAUGUUGGACUAAUCAUUUCUCACUAUCCAGGAUGAUGAUGUGACGCACCAAUUGCGUUUUCUGCAGUGUAAUCAGGCUACCUCUAAACAGCAAUGUUAUAGCCUAGAGCAGAGUCAUCCAGUACGUCAACUGCUUGCUAUAUGUGGCUAAUUCAGGAUCCAGGCAUGGCAAAUUUCAUUUUAUUAUCACUAUUGAAAACAUCAUCUCAAAAAUCUUUGAAUUUUGUGCAGUACCUUGACUUAUCGAGAAGCAACAUUAGUUUAGUUGAUGGACUGAGCUACUGUACCCACCUCCAGAUACUGAUACUAGCAGACAAUGGGAUUAUGGAGGUGGAAAACUUGGAAUGUUGCCCCCACCUUUGGAAAGUUGAUCUCAGCAAUAACAAGAUUAAGGGUUUGGAUGGAUUGAAACGAUUUAUUGCUCUAGGAACAUUAGACCUCUCCAGAAAUCUUUUAACUUGGAAGGAACUUCAGAAAAUUCGACACAUACAAAUACUGGACCUACGGCUGUAUGGGAACCCCGAGCUGCAAAACGAUGUACACUAUCGUGUCCAUGUGGUAAGCGGUCUGCCCCGUGCCUGGAUGGUAGAUGGAAAUUUUGUCACUUCCAAAGAGAGAAACCUGGUGACCCAAUUCUUCCUGGAUUCUGCUUUAACAGGCCAUCCAGUUCGCAACAAGAUGAAUCCAAAUCUGUUUACUCCAACCACCCAGAAGAAUCUUUUCCAGACUUGUCCUUAUGGCAAAAGGACUCUUCACUUAAUGAAACAGUUUCCUUUGAAUGAACAGUUAAAUUCAGACUCUGAUCAUCGGAGAAUCAAAUACCUCGCCUACAAUCUUCAGACAGAUCUUACAAUAGGAAUGAAGUAUACUAGCAGGUUAUGUGUGGUUAAAAUGAGGUAUUUUAGAUAUUAGAUAAUAACUGAAUAAGUAGGGGAAAGAUUUUGUUUGUUAUCAAUGACAGUUUAAUGAACAUAAAAUCGCAUCAGAAAUUUUUCCAUUGAAGCUGCUAUGGAGUGAAGCUAAGAAACAUUUAUUGCACGACUAAACAUAUUGGCAUGUCCAGAGUAAAGAUUUACCAUUCACAAAAGCUUUAAUAUUUGAGUGAGCAGAGGUUUCCCUUUCAAAGAUGGUAAUAAUAUGCAACAUCAUAACAUCGAAAUAAAGAAGAAAGUUGAACAUCUAAUUAGGCUCAGCAAUCUUAGACGACAACAAGAACAACAACAAAAGCUCAUCGUCCGCAGUUCUUCCAGCAAUCUUAGACUUGACAAACUAUCCAAACAUCUAACUCAUAUUUGGUAUUCCAAUCCAACACUACAGAAAAGAAAAUUCUGAGCCAUCCAGGUUAGAUUGGAUGGUAGGAUAUCAAAAAUAAAAGUUCAUGCAGCACUGACAUUGUGCCUCUGGAUGUUACUUAUCUACUUGGCAAAUAUAAUAUGUGGUCACAAUCAAGAUACAAAUCUGAAGAGGGAAAACAUUGUUAGUUCACUUGCUUGAUUCCCUGAAAACAAAAUUGGUCUCUUGAAUUCAAGUUAAAUGGAAGUUUUGAAUCCUAAACCAAUCAAGAUCCAUCCAGAACUUGUUUCAAUA